AUGGAUCACGAGAAGCUUGCACGCAUGCAAAAUGCGGUGCGUAUUGUGGCAAGGGAACUCCGCGAAGAAAGGUCAAGAAGGUCAACAGGACCGGCGGCGGUGAUGACAAGAAGCUCCAGGCUGCUCUCAAGAAGAUGAACGUGCAGCCAAUCCCAGCCAUUGAGGAGGUGAACAUGUUCAAGCAGGACGGCAACGUCAUCCACUUCUCUGCACCAAAGGUCCACGCCUCCGUCCCAUCCAACACCUUCGCCAUCUACGGCAACGGAGAGGACAAGGAGCUCACCGAGCUCGUCCCAGGUAUCCUCAACCAGCUCGGCCCAGACUCAUUAGCCUCUCUCCGAAAGCUGGCCGAGAGCUACCAGAGCAUGCAGAAGAGCGCCGAAGGCGAGGACAAGAAAGACGAUGACGACGAUGAGAUACCGGAUCUCGUCGAGGGCGAGAACUUUGAGAGCAAGAACGACGUCGAGUAA